UAGGCGGCGGUUGCAGCGCUGUCGUUCGUGUUUUGCAAGUAAUGUUUUGUUAGAAGAGCGCAUAAGCGCAAACUGUGUGUAAGAUGGCCACCGCUGUGCAGCAACCGAACGUGAGCGAAUAUCUUUCGAAGAAACAGGAAGAAAGCGGCAAGGAUCUCGCCGGCGACUGGCAGGAAUUGGAGGAACUUCAUAACAAGAAACUAUGGCACCAACUUACGCUGAAACUGGAAACUUUCGUUAAGAAUCCAGCACUGCAGAAAGGCGACCAGCUUAUUCAACUGUAUAAUGUUUUCAUUUCAACAUUUGAAAACAAAAUUAAUCCAUUAUCUUUGGUUGAAAUUGUUGCAAUUAUAAUUGAACAAUUCAAAGAUAAAAAUGAAGCAGUCCAGUUUCUUGAGAAAAUGGGCCCCAAAGUUAAAUCCAACACAGAUGCUGAGAAUCUGUGCAAGGUUUUAGCCGGCCAGAUUCAUCUUGAGAAGCUGAAUGACCUGGAAGCCACCAAGAAAAUCAUUGAGGAGGUUGAGGCUACUUUAGACAAUGCAGAUGGCGUCACUCCGGUGCAUGGCAGAUUCUAUCACCUUGCUUCACAAUAUUAUAGAAUACAAGGUGAUCAUGCACAGUACUAUAGGACAGCAUUGAGGUACUUGGGCUGCAUUGAAUUGAGCACUCUGUCAACUGAAACCAAGCAUCAGCAUGCAUUCUUUUUGGGAUUAGCUGCGCUAUUAGGUGAAGGCGUUUACAACCUUGGCGAGUUGUUAGCGCACGCCAUUUUGGAUUCGCUGAGCGGUACUGAGAAUGAAUGGCUUGUGGAACUCCUGCAGGCGUUUAAUUCGGGGGAUAUUGAGAAGUUUGAGGUGAUGAAGAAGCACUGGGGCGCUAUUCCUGAUCUUUUAGCGCAGGAAUUAUUCCUUAGGCAGAAGAUUUCGUUAUUGUGUCUUAUGGAAAUGACUUUCAAACGUCCAUCGCACAAAAGACAACUCACCUUUGAAGAGAUCGCCACAGAGACGAAAUUACCCCGUAACGAAAUCGAACUGCUCGUGAUGAAGGCCCUGAGUCAAGGAUUAGUCAAAGGCGCAAUCGAUGAAGUCGCCGGAACGGUAAACAUGACCUGGGUGCAACCGCGCGUCCUCAAUCGCACGCAGAUCGCCAACAUGAUCGAUAAACUGGACAAGUGGUGCGAGCACGUCGCCGGCAUGGAGGCGCUGAUGGAAGAGCGCGCCUCCGAGAUUCUCACAUUGUAAAUUCAUCCCCAUCACCCUCAGCCACACUAACAUUAAUCAUCAGAUAAGUUGCAUUACUUGUUUUUCAUUUAAUGAGAGAAUUUUUUAACACUUGCGGUAAAAUAUAAAAUUAUAUGUAA